UUUGGCCAAUUACGGUUAUAGAUCUGGGUGUGUUUUUCUAUGUGGCGGUAUAUGACAGCUGUCUUCCAACAUCGGAGAUUAUGAAGGAGCCACGCUGGUCGUCGUUUGGGCUCUGGAGUUUGUUUAUUUGUUGUAGCCUGUUUGUUAUCGCGAAUGCUAAUAUCCACGAGGACGACGAUGAUUGGAUCGAUCCAUAUGACAUGCUCAACUACGACCCAACGACAAAGCGCAUGAGAAAGCCCUCGGAGUCUGCCAGUUACCCAAAUGUGCCAACCAAGAGAAGGGAAUUCAGCUCCGAAUCCUGUGAAGUGCAACAGUGUCCUGUUGUGUCUGAGUGCACCCGUAAACUAGAGAUUUUGCAAAAAGAGUUUGAUGAACAGAAAAAGAAGGGGACCACCUCUGUAAACCCAGUAUGUCUUCCAGUAUUCAAGCGUUUUCUUACCAAACUCCUUAAAGAAACUUCAAAACUUGGCCUGCCUGAUGAUGGACAGACAUCCAGGCAUUAUGACGCUGAGGUGAAGCUCUCCAAGCAGUCGCUGGCGGAGAUCCAGAAGCUUUUGAAUGAAGAGAACGACUGGACCACUGGAGCCAUGGACGAGGCUCUCAGUCAAAUUCUGGUCAGAUUCAAACUCCACGACCACGAAGCCUGGAAGUGGCGUUUCGAAGACACGUUUCAUGUAGAUGCUGAUACCGCCCUAAAGGUUUCUUUGAUUGUUCUGAUUGUUGUAGCCAUAAUCAGCACUGAGCUCUGGUCUGUGGUCUCCUGGCUUGUCCAGUUCUGGAGAAUGUUUGCUGUUUGCUUUUUUAUUAGCUUGAUCUGGAACUGGUUCCAUCUUUAUAUGGUUGCCUUUGCAGAACACAAGAAGAACAUUGUGGAGGUGGAGAGCUUCAAUGGCAAAUGCACUGGGCUAAAACAACUGGACUGGAAGGACAGUUUAUCAGAGUGGUACAGACGCACAUGGACUCUUCAAGAUGAUCCUUGCAAAAAAUACUACGAGGUCCUGGUGGUGAACCCUAUUUUGCUUGUGCCUCCAACAAGGGCUAUCACAGUCACCAUAACCAGCUUCAUCACGGAUCCUUUGAAGCAAAUUGGGCAGGGAAUCAGCGAGUUCCUCAGAGCCCUGCUGAAGGAUCUUCCAGUCACUCUUCAGUUACCUGUGCUGCUUAUCAUUGCACUCGCCAUCUUUGUGUUCAUGUAUGGAAGUGCUCAAGCAGCUAUACAUCAAGCAGUUCGCUUGCCCCGACUCGGUUGGCGACGGGAUCAGCCACCUCCUGCGAUAGGACAGCGCCAAGCUCCUCAACUAAGGGAGCAUGAGGAAGCUUGGGAUAGAGGUGAUGCUCCACAGCUGCUACAGGACAAUAGAAACAGAGUAAAUCAAGCAGGAAACCAAGGUGACCAGGGCGUCAGGGCAGCAGAUGCUCAUGCCCCACAAAACAGACAGGAGGACAGAAGCAUGGAACUCCAACAGGAAUUUUCCGGCGUUCCCAGAGGGACUCAGAGGGUAGAGACUGUGCGCGCUGCAGGUAGCAUGUCCAGCGAUGAUGAGACUGAUUUUCAGCAGCGGACAGAGGAGGUGGAUCCUGGUACAAAGGAAAAUGCAGAGCCUGAAGUGAAAGCUGAGGAAAAGGAGAAAAAUGCAUCUACUGAGGACAAAAAGACAGAACAGAAAGACACACCGAGUCCAGACAGAAGCGAGUCUGUAACCAAUGUGCCUUCUGCUCAAACAGAAGUGAAAACACUUGGAGCUAAUCAAGGGAAUGAGCACUUUAUGUGCACUAAAAGGAGAUCGACUGCUCAAAAUGUCCUGAAGCUGCAGGUUACGUUUUGCAAGCUCAACACUGGAGCAUCAGCAGAUAUUGCUGUCGAAGAAGGUUAUUCAAGCUUUAAAACUCCAGUUCAAGAAACACAGCAUGAAAAUGAUCUCUGAACACUUUUUGUAUCAACAUAGUUGUUUGUCAUUCACUUUUAAUUAAAUGCAAAAAAAAAACUGAUUUUCUUUUUUUAAUUUCGACUUCUUUCAUCACCCCUCAGCAUAGAAUUUACAUUUUGGCAGUUUUUCUAGUUAUUUAUUUUGGAUCAGUUUGAUGAUGUUUACUCAGGCUCAAUUAUUGUGUCAGUAAUGUUUUGUUGUUUGAUUUGCUUGUUUUGUUUAAAUUAUUUUUUAUGAUUAUGCUUUGUAAAGUGAGCACUGUCUGAAAGCACUGUAUAAAUUAAAUAUAAUAAUAAUUAUUGUUAUUAUUAACGCAGUCAAUUUGCUUGACACAGCUGGGGAUCAUGUGAUCUCAACAUGGCGGCGACCCAUUUUAUGUAGAAUAAAAAUCUGUAGUCUUCUUUGGCAGUGAGUGUCACAUUUCUUAAAAGUGCUCUUCAUUUCUUUGUGUAAAACUUUGCACAUUUAACAUGACUCCAGAAGUAAUGCUCCAGCUUGGAAGCAUUGCUAAAAAGGACAUUUUAACUUACCUUGUCUA